CCGCGCCGCGCUGGUGGUCUAGCAGACGACAUGUUGGCUGCAGGGAGUACCUCGUCUCGGACGUUUCGGCCGCGAGUUUUCUCGGGGAUACUUGAGUGAGGAGAGACAAGCUCAAACUCGGUGAAGAAGCGCGGUGGCGAGAGAGGUCGGUGAGGGCGCGAGACCUCUCCGAAGAGGGUGUGCGUGUGUGUUUAAAGACGGCCGAAAGCAAGAGAGGGAGAGAGAGAGGAAGAGAGCAGGUACGCAAGGGUGCGGGUUCCCAGAGUACUGCUGCUGCUGCUGCUGCUGCUGCUGCUGCUGCUGCUGCUGCUGCUGCUGCUGCUGCUGCUGGCCGUGCGGUGACCGUCGACGAGGAGCUCGUGGUUGAGAAGGAGAAGAAGAGGAGGCGGAGGGGGGGUGGGGUAGAAAAGCGCGGAGGAGGUGAAGGUGGCAGGGAGGAAACAGGGCCCAGAGAGUGAGCCCUCGAAAAAGCAGAGCCUGAAACAAGAGGAGCAAGAAACCAGAAAGGCGACAAGUACCGCGAAACAGUCCGUGAACUGUUUUCGCACGGAUGUGAAGAAGAUCUUCUGUUCGAGAACGUGCUAUAUAAGAGUGAAGAGGAGAAGGAGGAGGAGGAAGCGAAGGAGGCGGUGAUAGUAGCCGUCGUGCCGGCGAGGAGUGCGAAGAGGGAGUCACGGACAGACGACGGCAAAGUUGAGAGCAGCUCGGAGCAGGAAGAGAGGAAAGAAGAGCAGCGGCACGUUAUCCUCGACGCGAAGCGACGUGACAUCUCUUCGACCACAGCUCGAUCGACGAUCCUGACCGAUCCGCAGGGCAGCUUACGACCGCGCUGAACGGCGCGCGAGAGAGUGACAGAGCCGAUCUAUUUUAGCCUUUCAUCGUCGCCGGUGUGCCGCCACCGCUGUCGACAACGCGCCGUCAUAUCGGCGCGCGGGGUAGGGAGUCUCCGAUCCGAUCCGCGUCGAGGAGGUGAGGUGAGGCGAGGCCGCACAGCCGUCGUGUUUUACGCGCAACACGCGCCGUGUCCCUCUACCUAUAGAAUCGAGCUCGCGUGUACAUAUCUGCCUCGCUUCCUCUCUUUCUCUCUCUCUCUCUCUCUCUCUCUCUCUCUUUUUCACACUCUCCCUCUCUCGCUUUCCCGUCUCUCGCGCCGUCCACCAGAUCGUCGGAGACGUCGCGGCAAGGGAGAAGAGACGUACCUCGCGCGACCAACGACAGAGAGGUAGUGUCGCGUCGACGUAUUGUCGCCCCCGGCUGUCCCGUGUGCACUGACUACGUGCGUGUGGUGCGUGCGUGCGUUCGUGCGUCCAGAGUGUAUGUGUGUGCGUGUGUCUGUGCCGCGUACGUUCUCUCCUGUACGCGGGAGUAACAGCAGCAGCCUCCUCACGACCGGCGCUCUCGGUGCCGCUGUCGUCGUCGUGGUCGUAGUCGCGUCGCUGCUACCGCGCGAACGCAACACCAAAUUCAUCGUGCCGUCACACCGUGUGCGCACCGUGUCACCGUGUCAUCGUUGCGUUGACUUUGGUGCUUCGUUAGCUGUCGUCGUUGCUUCUCCGUUUUCGACAUUAUCGCUGGACAUCGCGCGCGCAUACACUGCUGCAGGAGCAUAACCUCGGAAACGUCGUGACCGGCCGCCAUCGACGUCGUGCGCGGCGCGCGCCGUCGUCGUCGUCGUCAUCGACUCUGACACCGUCGUCGCCGUCAUCGACAUCCCACCGACAGGUUACAUCGCCUCUCAUUCUCUCCUAUCGUGAACGAGCGAGAGAGGAGGCGGAGGCGCACGAUCGGAGGGAAGAAGAGGGCGAGAGAGCGCAACACGGGGCUCUCUCAGUUGCCGCCGGGCGAGCGAAGCGCCGGAGCUUGUAGUGUGCAAUAGUUAUGAUUUCGCGGGUAGUGGAGGCUGUCAGUGAUCGAGACAGGCGUGAAGUGUGCUCGUGAAUGUGUCGCGCUGAAAGAUACAUCGGGAGUACACAAGAAAGAGAGAGAGAGAGACACACACACAGACAUAACAGACAGGAGGAGGAGCAGACGUCGUCAUCAUCAUCGUCGUCGUCGUCGCUGCCGUCGUCAGUAUUGCUCCGUCGCUGACAAAAAGUUAUCAAGAAUAAACGAGAAGUAGGAGGAGGGAAGGCAAGAAGAGAGAGAGAGAGAGAGAGAGAGAGAGAGAGAGGGGGGAGAGAGAGAGAAAGAAGCCCAAGGCGGGCGGAAAUAAAAAGACAACAAGAAGAGCUCCACGCUUGACAGAGACGAGGGAAGAACGAUUGCCGUGGCCAGUCGUCGCUAUCCGCGUCUGGUUUCAGGCAGAAAGAGAGAGAAAGAAACGUCAGUCGGCCGAAGAAGCGGGCAGAGGACGCAGCGCGAGCGAGCGCGCCGCACCGCACCGCACCGCACCGCGCGCGACGACCGGGACGAACGGAACGGCGGAAUCGGAGAAGAGCGAACGGCGGGAACCGCGGAACGGGAACGACCGUGCGCGAACCGCGGGACACGAGGUGUUUUUUGAACGGUGGCAGAUUCGUGACGGCGGCAGCGGAACUGUAAACAAUAACGACGACGCCGUCGGAGCCGCCGGUCGCACAGUCACCCUCGACAACUCGCUCGCGGGACGUCCGUCCCGAUCGCCCUCCCUUUCGUCGUUCACCGUAACCAUCGCCACCACCAUCACCGCCACCACGACUCGGGAAGUCAACGGGCCAGGACCGCUGGACGUGGAAGGAAAGAACGGUGAAGGCGAGUCGCGCGUGUCCUUCCCGUGGUGUGUCAUGGGGUGUUUCGGUAGCCAGAGUAGCAAGGCCAGCCAGGAUGACAGCAAAAAUCAGAAAAGACGGUCGGACGCCAUUACCAGGCAGCUACAGAAGGAUAAGCAGGUCUAUCGGGCCACCCACAGGCUACUCCUGCUCGGAGCGGGGGAGUCCGGCAAAAGUACGAUCGUCAAGCAGAUGAGGAUACUGCACGUCAAUGGUUUCAGCGAGGCGGAGAAGCGGCAGAAGAUCGAAGACAUUAAGAAGAACAUUAGGGACGCCAUUUUGACGAUAACCAGUGCGAUGAGCACGUUAACGCCGCCCGUCACGCUGGAGGAUCCGUCGAACCAAAGCAGAGUGGACUACGUCCUGGAAGUCUCGUCUUCCCCAGACUUCGAUUAUCCUCCGGAAUUCUACGAGAUCGUCGAAACACUCUGGAAAGACCGGGGCGUCCAGCAAAGCUUUGAGAGGAGUAACGAGUACCAACUCAUUGACUGCGCCAAAUAUUUUCUAGAUAAGGUAGCCAUCGUAAAACAGCCGGAUUACACGCCCACAGAACAGGAUAUCCUGAGGUGUCGAGUUCUCACAUCCGGCAUUUUUGAGACGCGGUUUCAGGUCGACAAAGUAAACUUUCACAUGUUCGACGUCGGCGGUCAACGCGAUGAAAGGAGAAAAUGGAUACAGUGCUUUAAUGACGUUACGGCAAUUAUAUUCGUCACGGCGUGUAGUAGUUACAAUAUGGUACUCAGGGAAGACCCUACGAAGUUGAGACUUAGAGAGAGUCUCGAUCUCUUCAAAAGUAUUUGGAACAAUCGGUGGCUCCGCACGAUUUCUGUGAUCUUGUUUCUAAACAAGCAAGAUCUGUUAGCGGAAAAAAUUAAGGCGGGCAAGCAUAAAUUGGAAGACUACUUUCCGGAGUUCGCGCGUUACCAGACACCAGUGGAGCCUGGGGUGGUCGCGGAUCCCACGGAACCUCCUGAUGUUAUAAGGGCCAAGUACUUCAUCAGAGACGAGUUUCUCCGCAUAAGCACGGCGAGCGGUGACGGCAAGCACUACUGUUACCCGCACUUUACGUGCGCCGUCGACACGGAGAAUAUCAAGAGAGUGUUCAACGAUUGCCGGGACAUCAUUCAGCGGAUGCAUCUGCGCCAAUACGAGCUCUUGUGACUUCGUUCCUGUCGACGUGUCCUGUCAUCCAUUCGCCUGACCGUUACGCUCGUGCUGCAUUUGGAGCCGCUGCGAGCCGAAUGAACCAACCGUAACUGUGAGGAGGAGGAAGAAGAAGAAGGUAAUCGCGAGGACUCGCGAGCCCGCGCCGUCGCGAGAACAUACGCCUCGCGAGGGCGUGCGAAGGUAACGCGCGGUGGUGGGCUUCUUCUUCGCCCGGAGAACCCAGCCGGUAAAACACAGCCACAGAGAGGAGCCACGAGCCGCGUCCAAGACCCUCACGCCUGCGGACAGCAGUGACCGCGAAUCAACCGCCGUCUCUCCUCGACGGCGUGAUCCAGGGAGAUCGCGCGUCCUGCUUCUCGAUCGUUGGACGGAAACGGCCCCCUCCGGGCGUGAUUUUCGAUCGCUCGACUCUCCUUUGAGUUAUAGAUUGAAGAGAGUGUGCUGAACGUUCACCGAACACCGACGGGAAUGGAAACCCUCUCGUCGUGUCUCGAUCGUUGUGUGUGAAGCAUCACUUGUUUCAUUUCAUUCCUGUCGCGCGCGCACGCGAGAACGCGGAUUCCGUCGUGACUCGGGCCAAUGUCGUCGCCGUUGGAUGCGACGCGCUUCCGACGGGCUCGGGUAACGAUUCUCUCGUUCAACACACUCUUGACGUGGAUUAUUAUUGUUCAGGUUAGCUUUAAGGAUGUUUCCUAAGACUUAGACAAACCUCUCCGGUAAAGAAAGAAAAAGAAACAAGAAGAUAAACUCUUUUAUCGUUUGACUUUCCCCUUACUCGUUUUCGAAUCUCUACUUUUGCCUUGCUCCUCUUCUUACAUCUCGCUUAUAAUCUCCGCGUCUCUUAUUUCCCUAGCUUAUCUUUCGUUCGACAAUUCGUUGAUUUCUCGACUUCCGAAUCUCGAUUCUUUAUUACAUUGGCCCGACCCGUAGGAGUCUCAGCCGCGCCCUUUUUACGAGAAGAGUAUUUUGUGAGAUUUUACAGUAUUUCGAAGAGCGUUUUAAUUGUAUAACUAUGUAUCGAGUAUGUACAGGGUGACCGUCCACGGAUUCUCAUGUUUUUACAUACGUUUCUUACGACCGAGGUCUCUCACGGAUAUGGAUUUCCCUUCUUUUUUUUACCGAUAUAUAUAUAUAUAUAUAUAUAUAUAUAUAUAUAUAUAUGUAUGUAUGUAUAUGUAUAUCAUACGUCGAGUUACUUUAGUUACUGUACUUAGGCACACGCGCUAUUGCAAUAGCAAUCGUCUGUAUGUAUUAUAUCUUAGCCCACGUAACAGAUGUGCCACGUUCUCAAAUUGUUCGUUUUACGCACGCGUCUAAUUUCGAGAUACGUUGCACGCACGACACUUUUUCAAUUUUCGCGCAAGAGUAAAAGUCCGUUAUUUUCGCAUCUCGCCGAUUCUCAGCGGAUUCGUCGAACGCACCGUAUCUCGCGCUUUCGGAGAAAUCGUCACGCCCUGAUGAUAUGUGGUAACGUGUACAAAUUUUUAUGCGAAUAAUCCGAUAGUCAAUCACGAUGGAGCAUUUUUAUGGUAUAAAUAUUCCGGAACAACCACAGUCGACGUGUGUGAAUCAUAUUGCACGUUGUCGCUAUAGCUUCACGUUUCCUCGUCGUCGCUACUUGGACACCCUGUAUGCGGUGCUGUGAGAAGCCAUUUUUUUCCCUCGAAUUUCAUUACUUUACCAGUUACACUUUAGUCGAUGUUAUGUUGUAAUUACGGGAUUCUUAUGUGCGCGCAAUAAUGUACGUACAUAAGUAAGCUGACGUAGCCGUGACAAGCGCAAACGAAAGUAACCAAAUGACAGUUACUACUCCAAUCUCCUUUCUAACGAAACACAGAUAUCAAAUGUCUUUCUUAUCUAUGGCAUUCAUUUGUUAAGUUGUCGCGCAUAUCUGUAACCAUGCGAUAAUUUUGCAGGAAUAGAAGAGAAAACUAUUUUCGGCGGCAUAUAUAUCAAAAUUCUACCAUGUGUUAAGAAAAAAUUGGCUAUUGUUGUAUACUUGUAAUCUCGAGGAGGGAAUAUUCUGCGUUCGCCGAUAGGUGAGGAGAUUUCGAUGAACGCGUCAACGUCAGAAUGCCUUGCCGACUUCGACCUCAUAGGAGCGUGAAGAAUACUCGAUCCACGUGUACACAUCGUUGCGCGCUCGCUUACGGACUGCUUCCAGAUAGUGCACACAUGUGCGCAUAUGAUACCGUAUCGUUGGUAUCGUUUCGCACAUACGCGUACUUGCUCGUACGUGAAAGCAGAUCGUACGUGUUCCAAAGAAUCCCGUAAGCCACGCAUACACUACUGCAGCACACUUGCGUAUAUUACUACAGCAUCCUACAUGUUGCUCGAUUGAUAUCCAUUUAAGGUAAAGAUAUCUGUGCCCGCACUCGUACCUCUAGUCCUGGCCAUUCUUAUUUAGUCUUUAAAUACGAACAUUUUAAAUUUUCAACACAUACAAUGUAUGCAUGUAAUUACUAUAUAUAUAUACAUAUAUAUAUAUAUAUAUAUAUAUAUAUAUAUACAUAUAUUUUAUAUUGAAAAUUUAAAUAUUCAUAUUUAAAAUCUUGGCUUCGGUAUACUUUGACUGAAGAGCGUUCGUUGUAUCCGCGUGUCAGUGGCUGCGAUGCGUUACCACAUUGUUACUGCAUUGUGCACGGCCGUUUAUAUGCAGCCUUCGCAAAUGACGUGAGCGUUUUCCUAGAUUAUGUACACGUAGGAAAGCGUUCAUAUAUGAGAAGAGACUUUGGGUAGGGUCCAUUAGCGUUGCAAGUGCUUCUCAGAGCGACGGACAAUCAUAUUGGUUGAUUUGACACUUUGGAGCAUUCGGAGUGUCAAGCGAGCCCUGCCCUUUUUAAGGACGUAUAUAUACGGCUUCUGCAGCGAAACGACCAAAACAAUAAGAAUGUCCGGGAUUAGGUGUGAGGAAUUGGUACUUUUACCUUACAUUAAACUCGUUGCGAGCACCUUCGCGUAGGUCAAAUGAGAGUCAAAUCGAGGCGACUAAAAUAAAAAAAGAAGUUAGAAUUACGAAUAAGAGCGAGAUUCCGCGAUGGGUUUCGUUGUCGUAAAACAAACUCGACCGCGUUAUUCCUAUUUUUCUCUAUUAAUUGAUUGCGCUGCAAUCGACUUUGCGGCGACACUCGUUUUGGUCGGCACAUUCAAGUGAAUCCAGUCCUUUUACCGCGACAUGGAUCGCACAAUUGAAAAAUGGCCACGUCCGGCGUCGCGUUUAAUUUACGAAGCCGUUGCGUUAAAGUUGAGUAUCCGAUGGGUCGCGUUUCAUGACUGUCCUCGAGUACUGUCAUCGCAGCUUUGCUUUUACUCGACAGCUCUGUUUGACUGAUUCGUCGCCGUUUCAUUCGGUCGAUCUAAAUUGACGUCUCGCGCACACACGCGGCUCCUUACGUUUGUUUUAACCGUGAUACGACGAGAAUAGGAAUUCCGGGCGUUACAUAACAGGUAUCCUCUACAUGCCGACAUGUCCACAACUACGUAACUGUAACUUCGUAUAAUAUCAAUGUACGUGUACGUGCAUAGAGCACUACGAACGAGGCGACCACAAACAUUGGCGCGCGCGUGAAACAAAAAUUUCUCUCUCUCUCUCUCUCUCUCUGUCUCUUUCUUUCUUCCUCCGCGCUUCACACGUGACGUCAACAAGUAGAAUUAAACGCGCUCUGUUUCACUCAGUCGGCAACGAUAAAAAUAUUAUAAAGUUGAAACAAGUACGAAUGCCUCUUUCGUAUGCUGCCAGCGUUGUACACUUACAUCUGUCGCAUUAGCGCGUAACAAAGAAGCCAUAGUUUAUAACAUUAUUUAUAACUUCGCGAAACGUUAUUUUUACCGUGACUGAUAGGACAAUGUGUGUGUUUAUGUAUGCGUGCGUGUAUGUGUGUGUGAGAGAGAGAGAAAGAGAAAGAUGAGCGUGAGGCUGAAAGAGGGAGAAUCUCUGCGCGACUAUUGUCUAUCUGUCGACAACUUCCGUGAAACUCGAACGUUCAUAUCCGGCAUAAAGUCAAAAGAGUGGAAGCAUAACGAGUAAUCAGUAUCGCCGCGAGCAUGUUCUCGUGUUACUUUCUUUCUUUUCAUUCUCCCGCGGACGGAUAGUAUACGUGCGUUCUGAUUUCAAGAGGUUUACGUAGCGACGUCGAGCGGAAAUUAGCGCGAGCACGAGACAAAUCGAAGCCCACGUAAUAACGAAUUUCUAUUCUCCACGUUACCGGCCACGAUAGUAAUACACGUAACACACAAGGACGGCGCCGCUAUUAUUCAUAUUGUAAAGAAAAAACAAAAAUAAUUCACGAGCAUUGAUAUAUUAUUCGUGCGUAUAUCUGCGUGUGUGUAUGUGAUGAUGGGUGGAUAGAUGUGUGUGUGUGUGUGUGUGUGUGUGGUCAAGCGAGGUAGACGAUGUACCGAAUAAAUAGCCGAUUUACGUGGUCGCGACUACAGCAACAUAUACAUAUACACAUAUAUAUAUAUAUAUAUAUAUAUAUAUAUAUAUAUAUAUAUACAUACAUAUAUAUAUACAUAUAUAUACAUACAUAUAUAUAUACACAUACGCCGACAUCGCACAAGUUUACUUUUCUUUUAUCAUACGUAAACGUAUAAAACGGGUAUAUGAGUAUAUGUGUGUGUGUGUGUGUGUGUGUGUGUGUGUGUGUGUAAAAUAUUGUGAUGCAGGUAUGUUAUAUAUUAUUUGUAAAUAUGACAGUGUAUCAGAUUCGUGUUACUUAGGCAAAGCAAUGAUUUCGACGGCCCCGUUUAAAAUUGCGCGUCUCGUAAUUGGGAUCGAUUGGAUACGAUGAGCAACAGGUAAAUGUUAAAGAGAAUCGCAUUCAAUCGACGUUCGAUGCUGCCAUUCGUUGACGGUCGAUCGCGAUCGAACGUGAUUUGGUCAACGACCAGCAGAGUACAUACCACAGAAAGAGAAAGAGAGAGGGGGGGGGGAUAGGAAGCGGUCAGUGUUACGCGUAAAACAUCAAUCCUGAAUAAGGAGAAAAAAGAGAAAGAUAGGUAAAAAACGCAGCACGUUGUCCGCGAAGCGCAUUAUUGUUUCGUCCUUAGCAAUAUUCUUUGUGGACCACGUCGCCGAUUAUGUAGCCUUAAAUAGCGAAAGUGAAAGUAGACGUGUGUAAUUGGAAUUAGCAUGACACACAGAAACGGGGACGCCAGGGGAUGAUCCGACAUACGCGGCAACCGCUGAACAAAAAUCUGCAAUUGUUAGCCGUUGCGUCAACUAUCCGUGUCAGAAUUUGACGACCUGCGCGGUCCCCUUCGGUUGCACUAACGUCGAUUAGCGAUCACGAUCGAUUCCACCCUCUUCUGUCUACAUUGUAGGUGUACUACUAUAAAACUAUAAUGUAGAGAAGAAAAGAGAGGCAACGCGGGACAAAGAGAUCUAAAAGAUGUUGAGAGGAGAGGGAGGGCAUGAGGUGUGUGAAAGAACAUCCCCGCGACGUUUCUUGGGGAUUCACGCGUUGAAAACAUAUUUUGAUCGGUGCAACUCAGUCUGCGUAAUUUAAUAACGAUAGCAGAGAACUCAAUAACUAAGUAUCUAAUGACCAUUUGUUUCGGAAUUCGAGACCGUUAUGUAUUUCCAAUGAGAGCACGAAGCGUCUACUGAUGGUUGCGCGCGAUUAGGACUUAGAUGAGCAAAUCAUUAUUGUCGUUAAUACUGUUAUUCGAUAAACAAUCUCCUCGCAUUGUCGAAUUUUAUUAAAAUAGAUAGUAUCGUUGUAACAUUAAUUAUUAUUGUCAUCGUGACGGGCGACUGUCGUGGCGAUCAUUGUUAAAAGCUGAUCUACUGAAAGUAGCGGCUUGAGUGAGUCUUUUGUAACGCUAGUGUCGACGAUAUUUCGCAGAAUCGGGUUAACUGUGCACAAAAUCUCGAAAGUUCACACCUCGUGAUGAAAUCAUGAUCGAUGUUCAUAAUACAUUACGGCACGAGCACGAUUUUGCUUUUUGUAAGAGAUUUAUCAUGGAAUUUUAUAUUCUAGUUUUAACGACAGAAAAAUACGACACAUGUUUCGACCCCGAGAGGGAGCGACAAACGAUUACAAAGUGGCGUUUUUACGUUUUUUUGCGACUUCUCGGAAAAACCAAAAGUCUAAUUUUACAGUGAACACACUAAUGCGUCUUUCAUUCGGUCGGGAGCGUUUUGAGGAUGAAGGCGUGAGGUUUCUCGCGAGAUAAAGUUGUAUAGAGCACGCGCUUAUAUCUGUCACGAAUGAGCCGUAUUCGACGAUUAUAGUUUUAAGCAGCGAGCUGCGAGAUAAUCUGUUAGGUAUACGUUCUCUUUGGAUGGUUUCAUCGGCGGAAUCGGAAUACGUUUGCGUACUCCCGCGUGCAGUCCGCGACACACGUUAUAUAUAUAUAUAUAUAUAUAUAUAUAUAUAUAUAUAUAUAUAUAUAUAUAUAUAUAUAUAUAUAU